UAGUGUCGUCGUCGUCGAUAUUAUAUCGUGCCGAUGAGAGCGAGAGUUGUUAUUUUUUCGGGAGUUGAGCAGAGCACAAGCCGUCGUUCGUCGCCGUCGCGCAUUGGCAAAUGGCAAUUUACACUGUUUAGUUUCGGAAAAAACUUUUCUCAGUUAAGAUACACGUUGACGGGCGAGCUCGGUUUAGGUUGUGCGCUUUAUGGAUUUUGUGAAUUGAUUUGCUUACUGCUGCGGUUCCGACGUUUCUUCUAUUCGGCUUAGUGACCAAAACCAAUUUUUGCACGUCGUCAAAAUCUCGCCAACCGCGAUCACAGGUUGUUUUGCGUCGAGAAUCGAAAGAGUUGUUUCCAAGAAUCCAUUCGCGCAGUUGGAAUCUUAUUUCAGUUUUAGCAGUGUUUUGCGGUGAGAGUGAAGUUUUUCGGUGGAUUGAGGUGUGCUUACGGCUCGAGGUGUCCGGAAAUUAGAUUUUACGAUUGUUGUAGCCCUUGCGGUAGUGAUUAUAAGGCUUAAAGUUGCCAAGUGAGCACGAGUCUGGAAUAGAGGGAAAAAGUGCUGAAUACAAACCACGUUGUGGCUUUUGUUUGGGUUCUGUUAAACAGCGGUGGUGCCAGGUGAAAUUUUCUUCACAUCGGUGUAACCAGGAAUUAAAAAAGGAUAAUUAAUUAGUGUCUCCAGCAGUUCCAGGGUUCCUUAUUUCUCCAAGCAGCGGAUAACAGUUCUCAGUUCUAAGUGUGCCUUCGGAAGCGAGAGUCCACUUCCCGCAGAGUUGCGUGCGUGCCCAAAAAAAUAAAUUUAAUCCUUUCUCCGCAGUGCGCCGUUGACCGCGCGCUCUCAUAGCAGGACAAAGCAGAGAAAAAGAGAAAAAAGAGUUUUAGUAGAAAGAGGAAGAGCAAGCAAGUGUGUUGAAAGUGAAGCUUUUUCCUCGUAGACUUCAAGUCCUGUACUACCCCCAAGGUUCAAGGGAAAAGGAAAUUAUCAGGCGAAAGCAAAAGUGUUUCCUUCGGUGUGCUUCUUUUCAGACCAUCAGUGAAGAAAGAGAGAAAGUUCUGAUAGCGUGGAAAAAGAGAGAAAAGAAGAAAUUAAAAAAAAGGCAGAGAGCAUAGGAUUUGUUGAAAGUGCGGGGUUGUGGUUAAACUAGAGAAAAAAAAGUUGCGUGCUAGGUUGAUUCGGUUUUACCGGUAGAACAUAGAAACGCCACCAUCAUUGAGUUCAUGUUUCAGAGAAUAUUUAUCGAACGUUAGCUGGUUCUUAAGCGCGUGAUAGUUUUUAUGCUAUAGUUCAUGUGAUAAAGUAAAGCGCAAAAAUAGAGAGGGAGAGAAAGAGAGAGAGAGAUCCGAUCGAGAAGAAAGAAAAACGGAAACAAGUGCAAUCUCGCUAGAACACACAGUUCGUCGAACUCUUUGUGCGGAAUAAAGGUGCAAACUGCGGUUGAGUUCUUUAGUCGGUUAUAGACACGGAAACAACAACAACCACCUCAGUCAGCACAGCAACCGCAGCAAACCCCAGCAGCUGCUGUAGUGUUAGUUUUUCUGCUGUUCACCACCACACAUACACAAACUUCUGAUUUGUCCCAACGCGUCGGCACAUAUAUGUGCAAAUUUUCCUAAAUUUGGGUAGCGGCCAUGAUGUCCUGCCCCCUUCCAUUACCAUUACCACUACUUCCACCAGCAUUGCACGCAGAUUUUCCUCCGGUCCACAUCGGAGUUAAGCGCGGUAGCGACGAGCUCCUCAGUCAGGCAGCAGUUAUGGCACCGGCAUCGGACAACAACAACCAGGACCUGGCGACCAAGAAGGCCAAACUGGAACCGAAUAGCGUGAUUGGUGUGGGCGGCAUCACAAAACCGUCCCGUGUGGUCCACAUUCGGAACAUCCCAACCGAGUCCAGCGAGGUGGACGUAAUGCACCUGGGUGUUCCAUUUGGCCGCGUGACCAACGUGCUGGUGCUCAAGGGCAAAAAUCAAGCCUUCCUGGAGAUGGCCGAUGAAAGUGCAGCUACCAGUAUGGUCACCAUGUUCACCGCCCAGCCGCCGGUCGUCCGAGGUCGGACCGUAUACGUACAGUUCAGCAACCAUCGGGAGCUAAAAACCGAUCAGAACCAUACGGCCACUAACAUUACGCUGCAAACACAGGACCUCACCCAGUCGCCGACGGGAUCGCCACUGCCGUUGGCAUUGGACCAUGCCAACACUAACUCGACAACCGGCACCACCGGAACGACGGGAACCACCCAGGGUGGACCGAACACGGUGCUGCGGGUGAUCGUCGAGUCGUUGCUGUAUCCAGUUUCGUUGGACAUUCUGUACCAGAUUUUCCAGCGAUUUGGCAAGGUGCUCAAGAUUGUCACCUUCACCAAGAACAACUCGUUCCAGGCUCUAAUUCAGUACCCGGACGCUGCUACAGCUCAGCACGCCAAGCAGACCCUGGACGGACAAAACAUCUACAACGGGUGCUGCACGCUACGCAUCGACAACAGCAAACUAACCUCGCUAAAUGUCAAGUACAACAAUGACAAGUCGCGGGAUUAUACGAAUCCCACGCUACCAUCGGGCGAACCGGGCAGCGACGUAAUCGCCAGCGCCGGUGGGCUGGUUUCUGCCGGUGAUUUGUUACUGCUGGCCGCCGGCCAGCGGCCGCAGUUAGCAAGGGAUCGACUAGACAAAUCUCCCUAUUUUCUAGUGAACGGCUUAGCAACUCCUGGUGUGAUUCCACCGUUUGGUCUAGGGCUUGGAACUCCAGCCUUAGCUAGCGCCUAUGGUGGCGCUCUGCCGAAUCUGGGCGCCUUUGCUUUGGCAUCUAACGGUGCCCUCGGAACACCUAAUCCGGCAGUUCUGCGCGGACUUUCCAACGUGCUGCUCGUCUCGAAUCUCAACGAGGAGAUGGUCACGCCUGAUGCUCUAUUUACCCUCUUUGGGGUGUAUGGUGAUGUACAACGUGUAAAGAUUCUCUACAACAAGAAAGAUUCAGCACUCAUCCAGAUGGCUGAACCUCACCAAGCGUAUUUGGCAAUGACCCAUUUGGACAAGCUCCGCAUCUGGAACAAGACGAUCCGUGUAAUGGCCAGCAAGCAUCAGACGGUACAGUUGCCGAAGGAGGGUCAACCCGAUGCCGGUCUGACCCGGGACUACGCACAGAAUCCCCUGCAUCGGUUCAAGAAACCGGGCAGCAAAAACUACCAGAACAUCUAUCCACCGUCUGCCACACUGCAUUUAAGCAACAUUCCAGCUACCGUCACCGAGGAAGAGAUUAAGGAAGCCUUCACUAAAAAUGGUUUCGAGGUCAAAGCAUUCAAAUUUUUCCCAAAAGACCAUAAGAUGGCUCUGAUACAGCUCAGUUCAAUUGAGGAUGCUGUCUGUGCACUGAUCAAGAUGCACAACUACCAGCUGUCGGAAUCGAACCAUCUACGUGUCAGCUUUUCCAAAUCAAACAUCUAAAAAUCUAUUAACCUACAGCAACCCAACCAACCGCCACUAUUUCGACUGCUACUACUAAAACUACUACUGCUGUUAGUACUAUUAUUAUUGUCGCCUAUUAUUUUAAGCAAGCAAGCCAGCAGCUAAUCGGAUUACACUUGCUUAUGGAACACACUAUUCUGCCACGACACAAGGAAAUUGACGGUGUGAAUCAGCUGUUCUUCUUCUCAAGUAGUCAACCACCUAGCUGAACUAGAACUCCGAGAAUAAACCCCAACGUUACGGGUCUGAAAUGGUCCCCGUAGUGGCAAGCUAGAAUAUUAAUCUUUCAACUAAGCGUCUCGUGUAACCAUUUGAAUCUACAUUACUCGAGAUCCGAACUCAACAGUUUCAAUCUUCGUUAGUGGCUGCCCGCAAACGAAUGCAAACGAAAAAAAAAGAAACAAGAACGAAACAGGAUGGAAGGUAAACUGACCACGCCUACUGCGUCGCUGCGCCAUUGCAUCAACCACAAACGGUUCUACUGUAUAGGAAAAAUGGGGCUUGGCCAAAAAUGCCGUUCAAAGCCGACCUUUUAAAUCAAACAACACCCCUCACACACAUAAUCAAAUUUCGCAGACAAAUGUGUAAAUUGAAUUAGAAUCUUUUUACUAGAGAAAGAUAACAAAAAGCGUUAAAUGGGAACAAACUAUACCUUUAAAACCAGAAAAAAAGUCUUACACAAUCUAGUAAAAAAAACUACUACUACUACCGCAAAAAAACAGGCUUGUGUGGCAUGAAAGCAUGUAGCAAAAGACUAAUCACAAGAGAAAAUUACCCUUAGCGAAUGCUAGCAAGAAAACCCCGAAAAAACAGGAGCAGAAAUCAACACAUAUGGGAUAAAACAGAUACUAUUUAAGAGAGCUGUAGAAAAUCGUAUUUAAAUGUAUUAAAAAAAAAACAGAAGAUUAUUAACUAGGAUCAGCAACCAAUCGGCAGUACUAGUGGUGGGAAUCGUGGGAGCCGAAGGCAGCAAAAAGGGGGACAGCAGUAGAAUUUUUGCUCACUAGAGCGAGCGAUCAACCAGAAGAUCUGAACUAAAGCAAAAAAAAAAUCAGAAUCAGAAUCACACGAUUUUUCUUGCGCUUCGUUUUGUUUUUUUACAUAUUUCAAACCAACUACGGUUUAUUUAGCUUUUUUUUUUCUCUUUUGACGUAUCGCAAAUCGGUACUCGGUUUUUAGAUUGUAAGGAAGAAAAAAAAAACGGUGGCCGGAUUAAAUGGGAACUUACUUAGAUUACUUUUUUCCCCUUCUCGCCCUCCUCGAAAAAAAACUUAAUGAAACACAAUCGAUCCUUUUGUUUGUUUUUUUAAACCAUUAUAAUUAUUAUCUCUUAUUACACAACACUAAACUUCUUUAAAAGAAAAUCCAUGGCAACCAUCAUUGUGUGUUAGUCAUACGCGAAGGUAAACAAAGGGAGACCAAGGCAGUUCGAGGAAAUUCGAAGGAAAACAACCUUAUGUAUUAUUAACUGAUAGUUAGCUCUUAGGUUAAGGAUUAUUUUUUACAUUUUUGCUAAUAAAUACCGAGCUGAUCAUGGGCAGGCAAACCAGAAAACGAAAACAAUGAGAAAACGAAUUAUUUCCAGUAUUGUUUAAUGUUUAAUUGUUAAUACAGACACAAGUGGGGGAGAGAAAGAGAGAGAAAACAGAAAAAGAGAAAGGGGGAGAAGUUUACAUCCGGUUCCGCUCACUUAUAGUGUGGCGGUCGGUUACCGAUAACUUACUUCGGUGUAAAAAGUUAGGUUAGGAUUCGGGCACGCUUUCCAGUUGGCUUUUUCCUGCUGGGUGGGUUGCUGAUUAGCGGACUGAACCUCAAAGCGCUGGAAAGCGUGCCGAAUGCAAUCAAUAGAAACUACACGUUUUGCUUAUAUUCACUGUUAAUUGUUUAAGUUGUAGUUAUUUAUGAGACAUUUACGUUAAGAUUUAAAGGAGAUUUUUUCGUCUUAGUUGCAAUAGCUUUCGCGUCGAAAGUGCUGCUCGCUUGCCGGUCUGCCGCUGGAAGCCAUCACACGCAUCGCGUGGGGUUGAAAUCUCAGGUAUAGAAUUGUUCACCCCGUACACUUGCUGUGGUUAAAGAAAAACGGUUGCUAGGAUGGCUUUCAGUGAUGUUUCAAUUUCAAUUGGUACCACGUGCGAGUCGUUUCGACGCGAAAACCAAUAGUAGAACGUCGAGUGUGUAAACAAGCGAGCGAGAGAGCGAAUAAAAACAAAAAAAAAAAAAAACAAGAAGAUACACCGUGCCGGGAAAUGUGAUUUGUUUUGUGAUCAUUUGCCAAAUAAGGGAAUGAGUAUGAAUAGGUUAAACCGUAAACUACCACCAGUAAAUUGGUUGACUUCUUCAAAACGCUGACACUUCUCUUCUCUACAAUUCCCCUACCUAAUUUCGCUAAAAUAUGUUUAAGCGCGUGUGACUGUCGCCGUAUUGUUCAGACAAAUAGUAACUACCGCAAUUGAGAUAGAAAAGAAAAUGUGUCAAAUCAACCAGGUGUACAGUAGAGGGCAACAACUCAGAAAAAAAUAUAAACUUCAAUCAUUUUGUAAUGGAAAUACUGCUAAAAACAAUCAUUCACGAGAGAGAGAUAUACAUGACGCGUGACAAUUCAUCAAUGUGUAAAUUGCAGAACUAUCCAACUCCCACACGUUCAUUGAAAAAAAAAGAAAAAGAAAAAUAUCCACGCUGGGCGCAAAAUACGCGUAACGACAGUAACACCGACACAAACAUUCACACAUCCACCCACACACAAACACACACACAGACACGCUAGGAAAAAUAAGAGAAAAAUAGGCGUUGCAUUUUUUGAGCUUAUCGAAGAAAACCAACAGAAGUGAAAGAGAACACUUACUAUAGUAAUUAUAUAUUAAAAAAAAUGGAGAAAUCAUAGAAAAGUAACUAUAAAAAGUGGUGAUUAAAUCAUUAAACAGUUUUUUAUGAUUAUUAUGAUAAAAAGGUAUAUUAAAACUAUAUAUUUAGAAUAUUAAUCUACAUAAAAAAGGAUGAAAAGGGUGAAAAAGGCGAUAGUGAAAAAAAUGAAAUCAUAAACAAUGGGUAAACAAAAUUAGGAAAAUUAAAAAAAAUAUUUACACAAAGACAUAGGCACAGCGUGUGACACACAGCAGACCAGAAAAAAAGCCAGCAUCAUAGCAGAAAUAUCGCCAUUUUCAGAAGAAGAAAAAAAAACGAUCGGUGACUGAUGGGCGAACGAACAUGGACCGGAAUAGGAUGGAAGGCUGACCGCUCUGGUCGCUUCCGGAAAUAUUCGAAUAUAAAUAUGAGAAAUCUCGACAAUCAGAUGAUGUUAUAUUUUAGCGAUAAAUCUCUAAUCUUCAAACUCUUAUUAUAUACUUGUAAACGAAAAUCGAUACCACAAAAGCAAAACUUCUUAUCAUCAUUCAUGAAUCGACACACACUGAACAAUAUACACACUCAUAGAUGUAUACACACACCUACAUCCAAACACACACACACACACACACUUACGCUCAUAAGCUGACGAACAAGCAGUUGUUUCGAAGCCCCGUACACGACUACUAAAAACCGCAAACAAAGUAAAUGGAUAUCACUAACUAUAUCUUAGCUCUUAAAGUAAAAUCAAACAAACCACUUACUCGUAAUUAAUUCCUUAGAUGGAGAAAAACGUAUCUACUAAUGUUAUUUGUAGACGAUUAGUUUUUGUUUCGAGAUUUAACCUUUCUCUAGGAUUGCUGCAACCUCUAUCUCCCGGUCGGUUGGCCGACCGACCAAUGCACCAGUUCUACUAUCGCUGUUAACCUUUCUGCUACUACUAUUCUAACUACUACUACUACCGCUCUUACUACUACUACUAUUAUUAUUACUGUUGCUACUGCUACCACUGCUACCAAUACUAUUACUAUUACUACUACUACUAAACUAUUACUAUUUCUAUCACUAUCACUAAUCCUACUGAAUUAAGCACAUUCAAUUCUACUUAGUUAUUAGAAUGAAAGGGAUGAAGGGAUAGAAGAGGAAAAGAGAUUUCAUUCAGACAUUUUCACGUGUACAACACAUGUGCACACACACAUACAUACAUAACAUACAUACACACACACGCAUACAGACUUAUACACAUAUAGACAACAAACAUUAUUGCUCGUUAUUGCUGCUAGCCAAAAGUCGUUAGAAAUUUUAGUUACUGAGAGAAGUAAAAAAAAAAAGAUAGAAAGAGAGUAGAAACAAGAGAAAAAUAAACAAGUGGGAAAGCUGUACUGUUUUUUUGCUUAUAUUCUUUCCGUUAAACAAAUAAGUGUUAACUAAGUGCAAGGAACUAAUGGUAUUGAAAAUUGUACAGUAGUUUGAACGAUAAUUCUUACAAAUACACACACACAGAAUACGAAUGACACUAACACACACACCCAACGAAAUAGGACAGAUCACAAAAGACGAAACCACAGAACAAAUCUCUUAUUGCAUUGUACCAAGCACCCUAUUGCGAGCAAAAAUCUCUACUUUAUAUUUAUUAUAAUUUGAAAAAAAAAAUAUUAUUUUAACUUUAAGCUGUGCAAACAAAUGCAAAAUAUCAAUAUUCUAUCCCUUUUCCUUAUAAGCAAGUGAAACAAACACAACAAAAGAAAAACCACACGUUAGAAUCUAUCUAUUGUAUAACAAAGCAAACCACGUGAAAAAGUAAUUAAAUAUCAAAAAAAUAUAUCAAUGUAUUUGAAGUUUAAUCAAAUAAGGAAGCAACUGUUCGUACUACGUUUAUAAAAAGAAAAAAAAAACAUAAGCAAACAAAUCUACGCUAGGCAGAGCGCGCGCGCGAUGGUGAAGCGGCGCGAGGCGAGAGAUGGAAAGAACGUACGCACGCACGCACGCACGCACGAAACAAGUGAGAUCUAGAGAGUUUGAAUGCGAUACAAUCAAAUCAAAGCUCUUUUUUGUGCAUUUGUGAAACAAACAAACAAAACAAACAAACAAGUAACAAAAAAAAACAAUUGUUUAAAAAUCAAAUUUAGUAGAAAUUUUUAACUUUAAACAAAACAUAUUUGAAGAAAAAAGGGGGCAACUAACUAGCUAAGAAAGAAGCGUAGAAAUUGGUGUAUUAUGAUUGCAAUAUUCUUACCCUAUACUAUUAUUAUCGUGUAAGCAUUUUUUUUUACUUUACGCUUGUUUACUUUUUUUUGUAUACAUUUAACGUCUAAUCAGUUUUCGUUCCCUGGCAGAGAAACGGGGGAAGCGAAUCUCGCACACAGUAUUGAACAUUUGUCUCUCGUAUUUGUUACUGCUAUGGCUUAUUACUAUUCACAUACUAUUUAGAGCAGAAAGAGAUGAAAGUUAGAAGAAAAAACUCUACUAGAGAAUAGAUAUCGAUCGAACGAUUGGAUCAAACCAAGAAACAAACAAACAAACACAGGUGUUGUAGGGAGGACAAGUUGAUAAUCAAACGUACCCCGGAAGCGUGGUGAAAUAUGUGUCAAAUUUAUUCCUUUUAGCGAAACGAGACAGAGACGGUUUAAUAAAAACAAGUAAAACUAGAAUACGCUAUUAUGUGUACAGAAGACACACGUACCAACAGAUUUGAACGAAACAAUUACACACUAGUACACACACUUACACACACACAAACACACUUUUGUACUUUUGACCUUAAACCUCUUAAACUGUUAUUGCUACUAUUUGCUACUGCUACUACUACUACUACUACCACUACUACUGUUACUACCAUUACUAACACUGCAACUUUUACAGCACAGACUGAAAAUCUGACACCCCAUAAAUUCUAGUAGCUACCCGGUUUUUUCUUUCGGUGCUCAAUCUUACUUCCACAUUAGGAGGAACCCCGAACAGCCGUAUCCUUCCCGCCCCAUCAUGAUGGUUAUUGAUUUGUUUCGGUUCGAGACCCAAAGUCCGCGAGUGUGUGUUUCCACAGGCGGUUGAGCUGCACAAAAACUUCCCACAAAAACUUGUUUUUUGGUGCUCGGAUCUCACGGGAACGAGUCAUGCCCGUUCUUGCGCACUGCUUGAAUCUCGUGCCGAAUUUUCCGCACCAAAUUCUUUGGUAGUCGGUGAAUUAAUUUGCAAAAUACAGAUUUCUGUACCUACGGAUGAAGUUCUGAAACCAUUUGGACCUUUUUAAAAACACUGGGCUUGGAUUUUAAGCCAACCUAACCUCCUACUGACCUUCUUUUACUAUGCGGGUGGAGACACACGGUUUAGAAAAUAGAACAAUAGAAAUUCAUAAGCGAAAAUUUCAAACAUAUAAACAACACUUAAGUCAAUUUGAAGAGAACUAAAAAAGCAUAAAAGCACGGCAAUGCUUAUGGGAUGGGACGAACGGCUGGACAUUUCGGUACUAUACUUUAAUUGAAAGCGGGACAAAACCAAGGCACAGGAGAAUUGUUGUUAUUUGUGAUUUUUAUUAUAAAGAUUGAAGAUUUUCCCGGCAUUGCCGGAAAAUUUCAUCGUGUCCGAAUCUGCUGUCGACGAAAACUCUUCCAUUCGGUUAGAUUUUGACCCUUUUUUUUGGUUUAGUGCAAUAUUUUGAAACCUACAGUGUGUGUUGACCGUCAAUUAUGCGGGACUUUGUUGAAAAUUUAGUUUAAAUAUUAAAAAAAUAUCUUUUUAACUCGGUUCAGCUUUUACGAGGGAAGUCUCAGCAGAUGCUGAGUGAUAAUAGUUAUCAAUAAUUGGACAAUUUUCGCACAGAAACACAAAUUACCCACUGGAUGUCUAAAUGGUCGUGUGUCCAAGUUGAAAAAAUAAACGGCCGUAUCAGUUUCUUCGUUGUCAUACCUACCAACAAACUUUUCUUAACCGAGGGAUUUGUUUUUUAUUCUCUCCUCUUGUCACGUGAAACGAAUUAUCAAGGCCUACUCAGCCAAAUGCUAAAUGCUGACAUUCUAGAAGACCCUUCCGUACACAAUUGACAGCAUGUAUAUGAUUAGAAAAACAAUUAUACAUAGCUUCACACUGAACUGGAAUACACAGAGACACUAGAACUUUCUUUCGGAUAAUUUCGUGCUAGAUCAUAGAUAAAUGUUUACAUGUAGAAAAAAGAAGGAAUGUUUGCGAGCGGAUCACAGCUGCGCACAUUCGAAAAUUAUACAUAAUUGAAAGUUUUUCUUAUGCAGAUUUUUACUAUAAAGGUUAGGAAAAAAUAGAAACAUGCUAAGCCGGAGCAUUUGUGGAACAAACCACCAAUUGAAACCUACAACGUUUGUUAUGAAUAUGUAUACAACGUUUGUGAAACAAAACAAGAAAAACGAUUGCUUUGUGGGACACAGAAUUUUCCUACUUAUUCUAUCAACAAUUAUCACUACUAUCUACUAUCUCGCUGCUACUCCAACAACAAACAGCAGUAAUCAUUCGUUAAUCGAAGAAUACACGCACACAGCCAUCCAUGUUUCUAUCCCCAAGAGUGGAUACACGGAUAUUUCGAAUCAACAUCAACCAACAAGAGCAGUGCCGACUCCUUCUCGCUAAACAACCAUCCUCUUCAAUUUGAGCCUAUUCUUGAAGCUGCUUGAAAAAGUAAAAAAAGGUGAACCAACCAAUCAACAAAGAACAAAGAAGAUAUAAGAAUUGUUUACUAAUUAAAAACAGUCAAACAUGAGAGCUUUAAAGGCAACCAAAAAAAACAAUGGAAGAAAAGAAGGAAAUGAACAAAAAGACAUUAACUCAAACAAAGCAAAAAGCGACAAAAGGAUAUCGUUAAAAUGGAAGUAGUUUACUGAGCUAACAAAUAGACAAAAUAAAAGGAAAGUGCUAGUUUAGUUCCGCGACCGACAGACAGUGUCGUCGAAUCUUCGAAGAAGAACGGCGAAAUAUUCAAACCCGCUAGUAGGUAAAUUGAGAGAUUUUUAUUAUUAAGAGAGUAACAAAACAAAACAAAAAAAAGCAGGCGGAUUAUAGUUACAAAACAACACACGUCACCGCAGAUAAAAAAAACAUACAAUACAUACACACACACGUACACACGUCUACUAAAAGCAGCCGUUAUAGUAAAUUGAAUGUGACAGCAAACAAACCUAAUAGCGAAUGAUGCAUGUUUAGCCAAAUUAUUAGUAGUCGACAGCGAGAGCAGGAAGAGAAGCAAAAACAUAGUGUGAAAAAAAACAAAACAAAAAAUAAAAAAAACAUAUACGGGCAAAAGAAGAGUUGCAACCAGGCACUAAACAAAAAAAAAACACUUAUUUUUACGGACGUUUAUUUCUACAACGAGGCAACCAACUCAUUGAAAAACUGAGGACGCAACCGGCGAAUGUGGGAAACCCCCCGAUUGAUGAAUAGUAUUGAUGAGAUAUUGAGCACAAGCUGUUAUAGUUGUAAUUGUAGUAGAAGAGUGGUGCGAAGAACCACAGCCACAGGCAAAAGUAAUGCUGUAGUUUUUAUUUAUGGGGCAAAAAAAAAAGACGAGCAAAGAAUGGAAGAAAAUGUUAUCGACUCGAACGUGAACUCACACAUACACAACCAAACAGAGGUACUUAUACUUACUAGACGGACAUUCGACCAACCAACACUCACACAUACAAACAAAAAAAAAAAAAAAACAAACAACUCAAUAACACACACAUUGCUACAACAUCGUGCAGAAAGCGAAACAAAACAGGAACAACCAAUCAACCAAGCAACCAACCAAGGUAGAAGCGUAAUGAACGUAAAGAGACAAAGAAGAAAGUAAAAACAAACAAAAAAGAAAAUCAUCAAAAACUGACAGUGAACGGUGUUAAAAACAGAAGCAGAAGAAAAAAAAACUGGAAACUGAAAGUAAAGUAAAAUUAAAAAUGGAUUGUAAGGAGAAUAUAUAUUAUAUAUUAAUGAUUAAAAGUAAAAAAAGUAUGGCUACGAUUUUGUCGUUUUAUAAUAAAAAAAACAUUAAAUAAAAUUUAAAAAACAAGUACAUUAUACACAU